AUGAAGUUUGAAGAAAACGAUGCCGGCGAUAGGAGGCAGGUAGGGAAGAGUCAGCCAUACCUGGGGGAGAAGCAUCAGGCAAAUGGGAAACCAGUAGCGAAUGGGAUAGCCGAGGUCUCCAUAAAGCAGGAGGCAAACGGGAGGUGUGACGUGCCCAGGAAAAGCCUCAACACGUACAGCUGGCAGGAGAUCCAGAGACACAAUCAGGAGGCCGACCUGUGGCUGGUGAUCAAUCGCAAGGUCUACAACGUUACUAGCUGGGUCAGCAGGCAUCCAGGUGGGCAGCGGGUCCUCAACCACUAUGCCGGGGAAGACGCCACGGAUGUUUUCAGAGCCAUGCACCUGGAGCGUGAUGUUGUUCAAUUGUACCUUAAGCCACUGCUCAUCGGAGAGCUUGCCCCAGGAGAGCCCAGCCAGGAGAGAAACAAAAACUCCCAGUUGGUGGAAGAUUUCCAAGAACUGCGGAGGACAUUAGAGACUAUGAAUAUGUUCAAUGCCAAUUUCAUGUUCUUUUUUCUUCACCUCGUCCAGAUCUUAGUUCUGGAAGCCGUUGCUUGGCUAAUGCUGUGGUAUUUUGGCACUGGCUGGCCAAUUACAAUAUGCAUUUCCCUUCUUCUCACAAUUUCUCAGGCUCAGAGCUCAUUUUUACAGCAUGAUGUAGGGCAUCUUUCCGUAUUUAAGAAGUCCAAGUGGAACCACCUGAUGCAAAGAUUUGUGAUGUGCCAUCUCAAGGGCCUGUCAACAGGGUGGUGGAAUUACCGACACUUCCAACAUCACGUAAAACCAAACAUUCACCGGAAAGACCCAGAUAUUGAUGUGGGCCCACUUUUUCUGGUUGGGGAUUUGCAACCUGUCAAGUAUGGCAAGAAGAAAAUCAAAUAUAUCAACUAUGAAAAGCAGCACCUGUACUUCUACCUGAGUGGGCUUCCCCUCCUCAUGCCUGUAUAUUUCAACCUACAAUCCAUGCAAGUGAUGUACCUCCGAAAGUAUUGGGGGGAUAUUGCCUGGGUCAGCAGCUUUUACAUCCGCUAUUUCAUCACAUUUGGCUCCUUCUACGGAAUCUUCGGAACUGUGUUGCUCAUAUAUUUGGUCAAGUUUCUUGAAAGUCCCUGGAUGGCAUAUGUUACACAGAUGAGCCACAUACCUAUGAAAAUGGGCGAAGAGGAGAACCGAGACUGGUUCACUACUCAGGUCGUGGCCACCUGUAAUGUUGAACAGUCCUUUUUCAAUGACUGGUUCACUGGACACCUGAACUUCCAAAUCGAGCACCAUCUGUUCCCCACUAUGCCGCGCCAUAAUUAUCACAAGGUGGCACCUCUGGUGAGGUCACUAUGUACCAAGCACGGACUGCAGUAUGUGAAUAAGCCCUUGUUGAAGGCAUUUGGAGAUAUUGUCAGGGCGCUGAAGAAAUCCGCAGCCCUGUGGAUGGACACUUACUACGAAACAUGAUGCAGAACGGC